UUCCAAUAGUAGAAGAAAUAAAAAAAGCUCUCACAUCUUCGCAAACUGACACACUUAAUGCUAAUGUGACCUCACAAACUUAUCACUCCUGUUUCUACUCGCUGCUUUCAUUUUCAUUGAAGCUAAGCGAAAGUUGUUUAUUUUCUAUACCGGUAUUAAAACUCACUGCUGAACUAUGCAACCGGCAUUGCUCCUUAGUUACUGAAAGGAGCAAUAUAUGAUAAACUCAUCUAGAUUUUAUAUUUAUAAAUAUUUUACAAAAAAUUUAUAUAAAUAAUUUUUAUACAAGAUGUAUACAAGUAGAGAAGAAUUGUUAUCUAGAUUUACUAUUGCGGACUAUGCCAUAUUUAUACUUAUGCUUGGGGUAUCAGCUGUGAUUGGAAUUUACUAUGCAUGUACCGGUGCAAAGCAAAAAACAACAAAAGAUUUUUUCAUGGGAGGCCAAAAUAUGGGAGUUUUUCCAGUCGCUAUGUCUAUUCUAGCUAGUUUUAUGUCAGCAAUACCCAUGUUAGGCAUACCUGCUGAAACUUAUCUCACUGGUACACAAUUUUGGAUGGUAGUUGCAGCUUAUUGUUUUAUGUUUCCCACAGUAGCUUAUGUUUUUAUGCCAGUAUUUUACGAACUGGGACUUUCAAGCGUUUAUGAGUAUCUAGAGCUCCGAUUCAAUAAAACAGUGCGGACAAUAUGCUCGAGUAUUUUUACGUUUCAAAUGGUUUUAUAUAUGGCAAUUGUUAUGUAUGCUCCUUCCCUCGCAUUGUCCCAAGUGACUGGGCUUCGAGUUUGGUUUUGUGUCUUAUCAAUUGGCAUUGUUUGCACCUUUUACACUACUGUUGGUGGCAUGAAAGCUGUUGUUCUGACUGAUUUGUUUCAAGUAUUUGUAAUUUUUGGUGCCAUGCUGGUUGUUGUGAUUAAAGGCUCUAUUGACUUAGGAGGAAUUGAUUUUAUAUGGAAUAAAAGUAAAGAAGGCCAAAGAAUUGAAUUUUUCAAUCUUGAUGUGGAUCCAACUGUGAGACAUACAGUCUGGAGUUUGACGAUUGGAGGUUACUUUACAUGGCUGUCUAUAUACGGCGUAAGUCAACCCAUGGUUCAAAGAUAUCUGACGAUUCCAAAUAUUCGAGGAGCAAGAAUAGCAAUAUGGUUGAAUUUACCAGGAUUGGCAACAAUUGUUACAGUUACUACUUUAGCAGGAUUACUUAUUUAUGCUAAAUAUUUUGAUUGUGAUCCUAUUAAAACCAAGCAAGUUAGUGCUCCAGAUCAACUCUUGCCCCUCUUUGUGAUGGAUGCUUUAGGCACAAUGCCUUGUUUGCCAGGAGUUUUUGUUGCAGGCAUAUUUAGUGGAGCUAUCAGCACUGUUUCAUCUGGCGUGAAUUCUUUGGCGGCUGUUACUUUAGAAGACAUUGUGAAAUCAUACAUAAAACCGGAUAUCUCUGAAAAGUGGGCUACAAGGUUUGCAAAAAUUUUAGCUCUUUCUUAUGGAGCGGCAUGCAUUAUUUUAGUUGCUGUUGUAGAGAGACUUGGAGCCAUUCUUCAACUCUCAUUAAGUGUUUUUGGAGUUAUAGGAGGACCUAUUCUUGGAGUUUUUAUGCUUGGCAUGUUUUUUCCAUGGGCAAAUAUAAAAGGUGCAAUGACAGGCCUUUUGACAGGACUUAUUGCAGUAUUAUGGAUUGCAGUUGGCGCAUUUCUGAACAAGCCACCUAAGAAUUUUGCGCCAUUUUCGGUUGAAGGGUGCACAGAAUUGUAUUAUAAUGCUACUGGUAACAUGUGGAACGAAACUAUUACUACAACUGUACAACAACUGCCAAACAAGGAUGACAUUUUUGUAAUAUAUCGACUGUCAUACAUGUGGUACAGUGCAAUUGGAUCUUUAAUAGUUAUUGCUAUUGGUUUGGUUGUGAGUUUCAUAACAGGAGCUCAUGAUAAAGAUGACAUUAAACAAGAUCUUAUCAGUCCAAUCACAAGAAAAGUUUUAGCUUUGUGUUCAAAGGUUAAACAAAAUAAGACGGUCUUUCCUGUUGAACUAGUAACAAAUAAUAUUAAAGCUACAGGAUUAAAGCCGGAAAGAAGUGAUAAAGCUGUACAAAGUGAUGGAGUUAUUAAUGUGGCGUAUAUCAACGAUACUAAUACCCCAGUGAUGAAAAAAUCUACUAAGAUUUCGUCUUCAACUCAUGCAGCAAGGCUUUAAAAACGUGAUAUAAGGAUGUUGAAAUUACAUUAUUAAACUAACGAUGUAAUAAAAGCCAUUUUAUUGCCUGGCUAAUCGCUGAAAGCCUAAAAGUGAGAGAAAAAGUAUUCAUGAACAUGCAUAAACUGUUUUUUCUGCACAAUCAUGUGAAUCAUUAAAGUUAGCAUUUGUAAAAAUCAUAUUUCAUUAACUUUUCAUCAUUUGUAUGAGUUUUUAAGAUUAAUAAUGCAGAAUAAUUUGUGGGAAGAAAUGUAUGAUCAUUUUUUGUUUAUUCGUUAUAUAUAGUAACAAACUUUGUGUUUUAAACCAAUGUGAAAACUAAUUUUUAAUAUAUUGGUAAUAUCACUGUUAAAACUUUUAAGGAAUAUAUAAAACACAUUAAAUUAUUUUUCUUUUACAAAAUGUUUAAAUGUGUUUUUAAAUUAUAAAAAAUAAUCCUAAAUUAGUGUAAAAAAAUCUAUUAAAUGUGAAAUUAAGUUCGAAAAUCUGAAUGAUUUUUUUUUCAAUUCUAGCGUUGUAAAUUUGUAGUGUUCUCGUCAAAUCGGAAAAGAAUUAUGAUACUUUUAAAACUUUUAAAUUUCAUAUAUAAUUCAUAUGAGGAGUUCCUUUUAAAGUUUUUAUUAAGUUUAAUUUUAAUAUUUCGUAUUUAAUUUUGAUAAUUUCAUAUUAAUUAAUUAAAAAACUCUUUUAAAACGAAAUUUUUUUAAAAUUAUUUAAUGUGUCAGUUAAGUUUUCAAAAAGUUAGAGAUGCUUUUAAUUGUUUAAUAUUCAAUAUAUAUUUUUUUAUUGAGUUAAGGCUCUGAAAUCACAGUGAAUUCCAUAUGGAUUGUCUAUAAAUAUGUUUGCUUUUAAUUUUUUUAUAUGUAUGUUACAUGUUUUGUUCGUAUUGUACCAUUGCAUUGCUUUACAAGGAUUAUAGAAAUUUUAAAAAUUGUCAAAUUGUAAUUGAUUUUCUCUAUAAAUUAUGCAAAUUAAAAAUAUUGCAUAUUUUUUGAAUUUCCAUGUUUACCCAAUGCACCAUGUUUACUCAAUGCACCAUAUUACUCAAAAUCGAAUUUUGCAAAGAAAUUUCCACAUUUCAGACUGCUUUUUCUUAUUUAUAAUCAUAAAUAAUUGUCUUAUUUAGUCUUCAAAUUCUUUUCAAUCAUUUAUUCAAUAUUUACCUUAUUUGAACCUUUAACCUUUUAAUAUUGUUUUAUAUUAAUGUUUUGCUUCCAGGUUUAUGUUUUAUGUUAAAUGCAAGCAGUUAUGUGUACGUUUUAUGUUAAAUGAGAUAUAUAUAUAUACAAUACAAAGUGUACAUUUAAAAUAAAAGUACAUACUUUAUUUUUAA